AAUCAAGUUACAGCGCACUCCGCACACCCAUCGAGCAGCAUGUCUAUUGUCGAGGACUAUGACAUGGGAGGUAGCCCCAUCAGCUUCCUGGAGGUCGAUGGCUUUCGGUAUCCUAUCGUUGACCCAGAAAUAGUCAAAGACAUGUCGCAGCUGAAGGUCGAGGAUGACGAUAUCUUACUACUGGCGUAUCCAAAAUCAGGUACACAUUGGACCUGGGAGAUCACGUCCAUGCUGCUCCAGGGUAAGGCGGAGACCAUCCCUCAUUGGAAGAGCAAAGUCAUGGUGGAGCUGCAACCACAGGAAGUCAUAGACGCCUUCCCAGCAUCCCCUCGUGUCCUCAACACGCAUGUCCGGUACAACCAACUUCCGUUACAAGCCAGAGAGAAGAAGUGUCGGAUGAUCUAUGUCCUUAGAAAUCCUAAGGAUGUUGCCGUGUCCUUCUAUAACCACCAUAAAUCUUUCGAGAAUCUGUACAAGAAUUACAAUGGAUCGUUAAACGAUUAUCUCCCUUUCUUUCUGGCUGGGAAAACGGACUACGGAUCCUGGUUCGAUUCUAUCCUCCAGUGGGAGAAGGACAUCGAGGCUCAGCGGGACAGACAUCCAAUACACUUUAUUUACUAUGAAGACAUGAAGCAGAACCCCGUGGAAGAGAUACGGAAAUUGGCAGGGUUUCUGGGAGUAUCUGGAGAUGACUCACUGUACAACGCCGUGGCGGACAAAUGUUCUUUUGAGAAUAUGAAGGAGGACAAGGAACCAUAUGAUCCUAAGUUUAAGGGCAAACUUUUUGUUUACAGGAAAGGUCAGGUUGGUGACUGGCAGAACUGGUUGACACCAGAUCAGAACGAGAUGUUUGACAAGCUGUACCAGGAGAAGAUGAAGGACAGCAAAUUCAAGGACAACAUCAGGUUCACUCUGCCCUGAACAGAAGUGAUACAAAUGCGCGUAAUAUCAGAAUACAACCACGGACUCCAAUACUCAGAAAUCAGAACUACGAUGGCAUUGGACUACGUGUCCAUAUCCAAUGUAAGACACGUGAAUGUAUUCAAGACGUUGCUUCGAUUCGGGUAUAGUUUACUGUCUUGCGCUUUGUAACUUUAUGUAAAACAAACUGAGAUUGGAAAAUCCAAUCUCACCUUGUCAUAUGGCUGGAACUUGGAGAAAUUGGACGUUGCAUCAUGCAUUGUUUAAGUCAAUGUAGACUUCUCAGCUUUUAGGAUCAGAUUGUUGAGAGUACAUUGUAAUCGUCACCCGCAUUAAUAUUAUUUAAUGCUUGGAGGUUUAGAGGAUAAUGUUAAACAAAACUGGUUAUCUGAGGUAUUUACCGCUGGAUUAUCCUUUUUUUAUUUGACAUGAUGUUGGGGAGUGCGACUGGUUGAUAUGGUUAUGCAUCUUGACUUGAUUCAGUAUCAAGAUCUUAAGUCCUAUCAAAUUUACCACCAGAAAUGUACAUAUUAAAUACGCAGCAUACUUUUUGUUAUAACUGUGUAAGUUAAGGAUGUUUCUACACAAUCUUAAAAUAAAUC